AUGGUGGCUCUACAGAACCUCUUCUUCGUCUCUCUCGCAGCUCUGCUGCCCGCAUCGCACGGUCUGGCCACGCAGAGCCAUGGCCGCCGUUGUCGCUGCCGGCCCCAAGAACCGUGCUGGCCUUCUCACCAUGAAUGGCAGGCCCUCAACUCGUCCAUUGACGGCACCCUCGUCUCCGUCCGUCCAGCAGCCUACGCAUGCCACGGCCCGGCCUUUGACGCCGUCGCCUGCAAUGCCUCCUCUGCCCUGUCAUCCAACUCUGUCUGGCGUGCUUCUCAGCCUGGUGCUGUGCAAUGGACUAACUGGGAGGCAUGGCCGGAGCGCAACGAGAACUGCUUCUUCGACAGCCCCACGAGCUCCCCUUGCCGUCAGGGCCGUGUGUCGCUUUUCUCGGCCAUGGUGGAGAGGGCAGAGCACAUCCAGGCCGCGAACUCAGGGCACUGCUUCAUGGGCCGUUCAACCGCGCCAGAAUCGCUGCAGAUUUCGACAACCAAGUUGAAGAGCCUCAGCUUCACGGACCGCUUUCUCCCUGCUGGCGCGCCCCAGGGCCAGCCGGACCAGGGCUCUGCCGUUACCAUUGGCGCUGGAGUCGACCUCAAGGAACUGUAUACUGCCGCAGCGAGGCGAAACCUGACCGUGGUCGCUGGCAUGGCACAUACGGUCGGAGCGGCAGGCGGCUACAUCCAAGGCGGUGGCCACAGCCCACUUGGGAACUGGAAAGGCAUGGGCUCGGAUAAUGCUCUCGAGUUUACCGUUGUCAACGCCAAGGGUGACGUGGUGAUUGCCAACAACCAUCAGAACCAAGACCUGUUCUGGGCGCUGCGAGGCGGCGGCGGCGGCACUUUUGGCGUGGUGGUGAGCGUCUCUGUGCGCACCUUUCCCAGCGUUGCGGCCGUCUUUGUCGAGUUUGGCUUCGCGCUGCCCAAAGGAAGCACGUCGGCCUACUGGGAGCUCAUCGAGAAGUUGCAUGCUCGCCUGCCGGUCAUCUCCGACGCCGGCGGCUGCGGGUACUACUUUGUCAUGCCUAAAACCCAGCCACAAAACGGCACAGAGGUGCUGACUCUUUCCGGUGGCUUCGUCUUUCUCAACGACACGCGGACGGACAAGGCCCGCAAGGCCAUGAAUCCGCUGGCGGCCGACUUGCGUCGACACGCCCUGCCCGGGUCGGUGUACAACGUGGGAGUGGUCCCGCAGUUUUCCGAGUGGAUCAACACGGCGCUCAAGGGCGAUGCGGAUACCACGGGCGGGAUCCUCUUGCUCGGCUCUCGGAUGGUGUCGCGCGAUUUCCUGGCCCGACCCGACGGCCCCGGACGCCUGCGGGACGCAUUGAAAGAUGUCCACGAGAGCAUGGGCGGCGUGGGAUUCACCGGGCACGUCGUCGCCGGCGGAGCCGUGGCCCGCAGCACCGUCGACUCGGCCCUGAACCCGGCGUGGAGAAGGACGCUGACGCACAUUGCCUUUGGCGCCGACUGGAACAGCUCCACGCCGGCGGCCGAGCAAAAGGGCAUCCAGGACAAGAUGACCAACGUGGCGGUGGAGCGGCUGAGAGCCUUGGAACCGGACAUGGGGGCCUACCUGAACGAGGCGGAUGCGUACGAAAAGGGCUUUCAGCGGUCCUUUUGGGGCGUCAACUACGAGCGCCUGUACGCCAUUAAGAAAGCCCAGGACCCCAUGGGCCUGUUCAUUGCGCGCAAGGGGGUCGGCAGCGAGGACUGGGACGACGCUGGGCUCUGUAGGGUUUGGUGA